AUGGGUAAGGAGAAGCUCCACGUCAACGUCGUCGUUAUCGGUCACGUCGAUUCCGGCAAGUCCACCACCACCGGUCACUUGAUCUACAAGUGCGGAGGUAUCGACAAGCGUACCAUCGAGAAGUUCGAGAAGGAGGCUGCCGAGCUCGGAAAGUCCUCGUUCAAGUACGCUUGGGUCCUCGAUAAACUCAAGGCUGAGCGUGAGCGUGGUAUCACCAUCGACAUUGCUCUUUGGAAGUUCGAGACCCCCCGGUACCAGGUCACCGUUAUCGACGCCCCCGGUCACCGUGAUUUCAUCAAGAACAUGAUCACCGGUACCUCGCAGGCCGACUGCGCCAUCCUCAUCAUCGCCACCGGUAUCGGAGAGUUCGAGGCCGGUAUCUCGAAGGACGGCCAGACCCGCGAGCACGCUCUGCUCGCCUUCACCCUCGGUGUCAGGCAGAUCAUCGUUGCUUGCAACAAGAUGGACACCUGCAAGUGGUCCGAGGACCGCUUCAACGAAAUCGUCAAGGAGACCACCAACUUCAUCAAGAAGGUCGGCUACAACCCCAAGUCGGUUCCCUUCGUCCCCAUUUCUGGAUGGCACGGUGACAACAUGUUGGAGGAGUCCACCAACAUGGGCUGGUACAAGGGAUGGACCAAGGAGACCAAGGCUGGUUCCUCCAAGGGUAAGACCCUUCUCGAGGCCAUAGAUGCCAUCGAGCCCCCAUCGCGUCCCACCGACAAGCCCCUCCGUCUCCCCCUCCAGGAUGUCUACAAGAUCGGUGGUAUCGGCACGGUGCCCGUCGGUCGUGUUGAGACCGGUAUCAUCAAGGCUGGUAUGGUUGUCACUUUCGCCCCUACCAACGUGACCACCGAAGUCAAGUCGGUCGAGAUGCACCACGAGCAGAUCCCCGAGGGUCUGCCCGGAGACAACGUCGGCUUCAACGUCAAGAACGUGUCGAUCAAGGACAUCCGUCGUGGAAAUGUCGUGAGGACAAAGGAAGCUGAUGAUCAGUGUUCCGAUUCCAAGAACGACCCGGCUAUGGAGGCAGCCAGCUUCAACGCCCAGGUUAUCGUUCUCAACCACCCCGGUCAGAUCUCCGCCGGCUACACUCCGGUCCUCGACUGCCACACUGCGCACAUUGCCUGCAAGUUUGCGGAGCUCAUCGAGAAGAUCGACCGUCGGACUGGUAAGGUCAUGGAGCCUUCUCCCAAGUUCGUCAAGUCCGGUGACGCCGCUAUCGUCAAGCUCGUCUCGCAGAAGCCUCUCUGUGUCGAGUCGUACGCCGACUACCCGCCUCUUGGUCGUUUCGCCGUGCGUGACAUGAGACAAACCGUCGCUGUCGGUGUCAUCAAGAGCGUGGAGAAGGCGAGUAAGUCAGCCGGUAAAAUAACAAAGGCUGCAGAGAAGGCUGGUGCUCCCAAGAAGAAGUAG